GUAAUCGUCCAAAGUACUUGUCCCUCCUAGAUAAAAUGGAGGAAACAGAGAAAGUAUCCGUCAAAUCUGCAUCCGAAGAGAUUUCUAAGGAAUUCAAAACCCUCAUCAAUGCUCAGGAUUUGGAUUCUCUGAAGCAAUUGCAAAACCUCAUAUUGGGACGGUUGCAGGACAGCAAUGCAGUUCUUUCGCACUUCAAUGAGUAUUCAGAGCAUUGUUUCACAGAGGUCUCGGCAGAUUUCUCUAGAAACACACGUCUCUUAAAAUCUAUGAAGUCAGACCUUGAUUACAUAUUUCAGAAGUUGAGGAGCAUGAAGGCAAAAAUCAUGUCAACCUACCCAGAUGCACUUCCAGAUAAUACAACAAUUCAGGCACUUGAUCAAAGGCCUGAUCUUGAAAUGCCACGAUAAGUUUGGUACUGUAAAUGUUUGGGAAAUGUUGCUUCUUCUAUUUCGUCCAUUAUAGAUAUCGAUAAGUUUGUUCACGGUGGAUAGUUUGUGAUAGAGCUUUACUGUUUUUAUCUGAUAGUUCUGCAGCUGUAUACUGCAACGUGUGUUAUGAUAAGUUGUGGUCUCUCCCGAACAGUAGUUCUAGUGUGAUUUUUGCAUUGCGCGUACCUUUUUAGAGACAACACACUAAUCUGUUUAUUAUAAGGAUUCUGAGCUCCCAGUAAACCUAUGAUUGAUGA